GGGAGUAAAUAUGGCCGAAUGUUGACAAGUUUCAAAAUAUGGAUUUCUAAUAAGCGUAUAGCGUACAGUGGAUGACAAAGUUAUGGGUCCAGACGCCGAUCAAGCGAAUAUUUUGUUGCUGACAUUUAAAACAAAGAUUGAAGAAGCAGUUAGCCUCGUGAAUCAGAUGCCAGAAAACAUGAGACAAGAUGUCUGGCAGUUCUGGCAGAAGGUGUCCACAGCUAUCAAAGCGGCAACCAUUGGAAUCAAGAAACGGAAACCUGUUCCAGGUGGAAAGGAUCUGGCACCGCGACCAAGGAAAAGUAGUAAGACGAAGAUGAAAGAAAUUGCUGCAUUAGCAGACAAAAGUGAUGAAGAAGUUGUGGAGGAGUUUGUGUUGGACUCCCAAGCCAUCACAAACACAACACUGACUUCUGAUCUGCCCACAGAACAUGCUUACAGUCAUGACACAUUUGCACAAGAUCUGAAGCUGUUGUACAAUUCUGUGUAUUCUGCCGAGACCUCUGACGCUGUGGCAGCCAUGAUAGCAAUCAAUGACCCUAGUUCUGUUAGUAAUGUUGAAGGCAACAGAGUCCCAGAAAACCAUCCAGGUUUGGAGGGUAGGACAGAUAUACAAUCUCAAGAACCUGGGUCCAUUAAUAUUGUUGUGCAAGAUUUUGUUGAUGAUCAGGUAAUCACUUCAUUAGUGACAAUAGAUAAUCCCAACACACCCCUCAAAAAACCGCCUCCGAAACCUAGUCCUAAAAAGAAACCUGCUAAAAAGACUGGUGUAAAAAGAAAACCUAAAAAGAAGAAACUGAAGGAGGAUAGUUUAGAAAUCUCAGAACAGACUGUCUCCGAAGCGACUGAUCCAGAAAAGACAAGUCCAAAGAAGACUCCGAGGAAAAAGAAAGUAACAAAAAAGAAAUCAGAACCUACUUCUGAAGAUGCUAUAUCCAAAUUACUAGCUGAAAACAUGGAGCUACCCGAAACUGAAAAUGUUGGUGCUCAACCAGAAGCAGAAGGUGUCAGUCCCGAGGUUGGGGAAACUCCACUUGCAGAGAACAAAUCGGCUAACAAAAAGUCAGAGAAAAGGCCAAGGCGAUCUAGUCGACCGCCCAAACCUAAAAAGCUCCCAAAAGACCAACAGGAGAUUGAUGGGGCUCUUGAAGGGGAGGGGGACGGGGAGGGGCGGAAGCGCCGUGUGUACAAACCAGGGGAGCCUAAACCUGAUCUGGGUCCAGUCAACUGUAAGGUGUGUGGGGUGCAGCUCGCCUAUCUGUCCUCCCUAGCAGCUCACAUGCGGAAGCAUACAGGUGAUCGACCAUUUAGCUGUGGUGUCUGCAACAAGCCAUUCACCACCAAGGCGAACAUGUUGCGACAUGAGAAGACCCAUUCCGGUGAGAAGCCAUUCGAGUGUGAGGAGUGCCACAAGUGUUUCACUGAGAAGAAGACCCUCAAGGUUCACAUGAGGAGUCACACCGGGGAGAGGCCCUUCAAAUGCCCUGAGUGUAGCAUGGCGUUCACGCAGAGCGGCACCCUGAAGACUCACAUGCACCGCCACAGCGGCCACAAGGGCAACCUCUGUGACUUGUGCGGUCGGGCGUUCCGCCAGAAAUCUCAGCUCAGGAUUCAUCUGAGAAGACACUUUAACCUCAAGUCCUAUCAGUGUGACAAGUGUGAACAGACGUUCUAUUGUAAAGGUGACCUGACCCGGCAUGAGCUGCGUCACACGGGAGAGCGGCCGUUCGCAUGUGCACAGUGCCCUAAAACAUUCACUCGCCUUCAGUACCUCAAGGAGCACGAGAACCAGCACAACGGCGUGACCCCUUACAGCUGCGACAUCUGCUCCAUCAAGUUCUCCGACCACUCCUCCUACUACAGACACUUGCAGAAACACAAGAAAACCACGACAGACGCCUCCACCGAGGACCAGGUGCACCUAGUGGUGGACAGUGAAGCCAUAGAGAGCGAGACUGUGGACAGCGUGCCUGCCUUGCUGGUGACGGCCGACCACAUCCAGCACUUGUUUGGAGUCAACAGCUCCGGCCAGGGCGAGGUGUACCGUAUUGCCUUGGUAGAUCAGACGAUGGACGAGGAGCACCAGGUUCAGGAUCCUGGGCAGGCGGAUUUCUCCGCCAUCAACCUCCUGGCCAAUGCUACGACACAACUGUCAAUGACACAGGAUGCAGACUCAGAGUUGAAGCAGAUAUCUCUUCCCCAGUUGUUGAACUGAUGGUAUAAGGUUUAGGCUGUUCACAUCACCAUUACUUCACAGGCUUGAGUGCACUAUGUUUCUCUGUUACCCAUAAGGCUGCAGGUUGUAAAGUUUCCUGGGCACAUUUUGCUACAAAGUGAGGAGGGGAGUGGGACUUUAUCUUUUUUUUCUCAUUGAAGACAAAAGUUAUGGGAGAGAAACACUUCUUUUUUUUCCAACAUAUUAACAAUAAACAACUGGGCACACAUCGUGUUGUCAGGUGGAAUCUUGCAAUACAUCGAUACAUCAGUGAAUUGUGAGGCUUCUGUGUUGUGUAUGUCACUUAUUUUAUGGACAAAUCAAGCCACAGCCUGCGUCCAGUGAAAAGGGUGGCAGUGAGUGAUUUGAUCUCGCCAGUGGACAUAUCAAUUGAACACAAAGUUGACAAAAAAUUGACAUUUUGGUAAAGACCCUUAUACAGAUGUCAAGCAAAGACAACACUUUGCUUGACAAUGGUGUAAGGAUCUAUACCAAAACAGUCGCCUUCACACUAAAUAAAGAAGUUAUCCAUAUAUUGUGUCUACUUUGUCAUCAAUCAACUCUCGUUGCUAUAUGGCUGAAACAAUGCUGAUGCAACGUUAAAAAUUUUAACUCACAGGACAACUCAAACUGACAUUAAGAAUCUGAAAAGAAAGAUAUCUCUUAAAGUAUUAGAACCAGAGGGGAAUAUAACCUUCCUUCUGGUAGCAUUGGCAGUGGAAGAAUUUUUAGAGUUUGUGCAUUUAGAGCUGAUUUGACUUCUGUUGUACACAGCUUUCUUUAAUUAACUGAUUAACAAUAGACCCACACCUCCUCUACUCCACAUAGCCUUCCAAUGAUGGGUGAUGAAGAAGGGUAGUGUAUGCAAGCCUGUGACGUAUCAAUGAUCAGCUGUUUUUUACCCCAGAUGUUUGAACUGAUGGUCAAGGUUUUUAAACUGUUCAUGCCAUCAAGGUUUUAUAGUCAAACGCCCUUAGAUAAGUUGAGAGCUGAAUAUGUUCCUGCGACCUUAUCUUUGUCACAGGAACCAUUUAGUUUGAAGAUCCUGUGGUAACCUGGUUGACUGUGUCAUUGCUUUGAUUGUUGCUCAUGCAAUCAGCCACUGGUUUUCCUGGCCUUGACUUACCUGCUGCCUGUAAUAGCUGGAAUGUCAUGUCUGCAUCAUAAAACAAUAUUCACUCAAUCACCCUUAAACCAGGGGCACGCCAGAAACCUAUGAUUGUGGGUUCGAAUCCGAUUUGCCCCGAUUAUGUUUCUAGGUUUGUCAGCACCA